AUGGCGGAAGAACGAGGAUUAGGUUGGCAAAACCUUGAAAGGCAGAUUCGUAACAAGCCGGUAAAUUGUAUGAACAUGUUAAGGAUGCAUCCGGAAGCAUUCAAGAACCUGUGCACAACGCUGGAGCAACGUUACAACUUACGGAGUACCGAUAAUAUCAGUAUUGAUGAGAUGGUGGCAAUAUUUUUGGUUACAUGCGGUCAAAAUGCAUCUCAACGCUUUGUUGGAAUGACUUUUGGUCGUUCCCAAGAGACUGCUUAUCGAAAGUUCCAUGAGGUACUGGACGCUGUAGAGAGACUUGCAUGUGAGUAUUUAAAAACUCCAACAACAACAUCACUCCAGCACUAUCCUCGUAAGUUACAAGAAGAUUCAAGAUAUUGGCCUUUCUUUAGUGGAUUUGUUGGAGCACUUGAUGGAACGCAUGUCAAAGUAAUGGUUGGAGGUAGUGAUGCAGUUGGGUAUUUUGAUAGAAAUGGACAGAAAAGUCUAAACAUAAUGGCCAUAUGCGAUUUAAACAUGAUCUUCAAGUAUGCAUGGCUAGGCGCAGCUGGAUCCACACAUGAUUCAUUGGUGUUGCAGUAUGCAAUAGAUGGAGAUCCUUUAUUCCCGAGACCUCCUAUAGGUAAGUAUUAUCUCGUCGAUUCUGGAUAUGCGAACAAGUGGGGAUUUCUAGCUCCAUAUAGAGGAAGCAGCAGAGAAAACAUCAGAUAUCAUCUUUCAGAAUUUGAUGCAGGUGCUCCGAGGAACAAAAAAGAAUUAUAUAAUAGGUGGCUUCAUAGAAUUCCAUAUGCUGAUUUUGAAAACGAAAAUGUCACUGCUCGAGAUAGUCGUGGACGGCGAUUUGCAGAAGACGAGCUUAAUCGACUUGAGGAAGAAGAGGGAACAAAUGAUGGCCAAUAUAUGAAUAACGUACGAGAUGAGAUAGCAAAUAUGCUAUAG